AUGCGUUCUCUCGGGCUGUUCAGCGUCCUCGUAGCAUGCGUCGCAUGCGGUGUGGGGGCAGUUCCUCCACCCAUCCAUAAGACGGGUUCUACCGACUUCCUCGAUCCGUCUGCCGUGACUACCUUGACGUCAGCGGACAUAACAACCUUCGAACCCUAUGAGCAGUUUGCGCGAGCAGCGUACUGCUCCUCGAGCAGUGUGGCGGACUGGCUCACAUGCUCUUUAGAGGCCUGCUCUGCGAUCUCGGGCUUCCAGCCCACCGUCACGGGUGGUGACGGGAAUUCCAUACAAUUAUAUUAUGUCGGCUACUGGCCUGCACAAAAUGCGGUAGUCGUCGCACACGAAGGAACUGACCCGACUCAACUGCUCUCCGAUCUAACCGACGUUGACAUACUCCAAGAGAACCUCGACAGCACGCUCUUCCCAGGCGUAUCCUCAGACGUCUGGGUCCAUAGUGGCUUCGCGGAUGAACAUGCGAAGACAGCCAGUGCCGUUCUCAGCGCCGCCACAAGCAUUAUUUCUUCUAAGGGCGCAGAAACUGUGAUAUGCAUUGGCCAUUCUCUUGGUGGCGCUCUUGCGGAAUUGGACGUUGUAUUCUUCAAGCUCCAUCUGCCCUCGACCGUCGCAGUAUUGGGACGCACCUUCGGAACGCCGCGUGUAGGGAACGGUGCUUGGGCAGACCUCGUAAAUUCACUGGUGCCGGACUUCACGCGCAUGAACAACGUCCAGGAUCCGAUCCCCAUAGUCCCCGGUCGUUUUCUAGGCUACCAGCACCCGGAGACUGAGCUCCACGUGGUGUCGGAUUCUGCGGACAAGGUUGUCGCAUGUCCAGGCAACGACGAUGCUACCGACGCAGACUGUACUAUCUCUUCGGUGCCGAACAUCUUUGAGGCUGACAUUUUGGAUCAUCUUGGACCGUAUCCUGGUGGUGUUUACAUGGGAACUAUAUACUGUACUUGACAGGGUUAAUAAGACGCACGGAAGGUUAUGUAUCACGAAUGUACUCACGUUCGUGUAUGUGACGUUGGGCUAAGGAACUUGCGUUGUGCAGAGGACUCAGGGCAUCGAGUCACCAUGACGUCUGGAUACCGCAAAGCCGACACUGUAUCUCAAGCGAAAGAGUAGGCAUGAACUCCUCGGUGUAAAUGAAUCUUACCAAUGCAAUAUGUAUGUCCAUCCUCGAGUCCGAAGCUCGGGGGCCAGUGUCGAGUGGAGACGAUAUCGAACGCGCGUGCUAGGACCAAGCCUGUCCAAGCGCCCAAC